UAAACAGGAAAUCUGCUCCUCCCCCGCAAUCCACACCCAGCGCUACACUUCCGUAGAGAAGCAAACAUGAUUUUUUUAUUGCAGACAUUUCCUCUUCAGAACGUUGCUGUACUUUCCUCUGGGUAAGUCCCACACUGUCCUGAAGAGCAAUAAGACUUCCGCCAGCAGCUGGUGUUUCCAGAAGGCUGGGGAAGGGAGGGACUGACCAUCGUUCUCCUCCCCGACGUUUGCCUCUUGCAGCUGCCAGACACCUCUGGAGAAGGAUAUGGGAACCCAGUUGUAAGCCAUCUUCCCCUCCCCUCUGAACUGUAUUAAAGCCAGGCUGCUUGGAGUGUAGCAAGACCAGUGCCAGAAACUUUAUUACUGAGCUCAGUUUGCAGGACUCCGAAAGGUUGAUAUCAAAAUGCUGGUGAAAACCAACACCUAUUCUAAACAGAAACCUUUAACAGGCACACAGGCAGAGAGCUCUCAUGCGCUUGCUUUCUCCUCCUCCACUAACCCUUGCUGGUUUAUGAGGGGAGGAACAAAGAGCAUUGAAAGCAGGAGUAGGAAACAACGAAGGGAAAACACCGUGUUGCUCGGAUGAGAAGGGGAGGGAAAGCGAGCACAGACAGCCUUGCUGGUUUAAAGAGGAGGAUCUGAUCUGCUGGGAAGCGAGAGGGCGGAAGGAGAAGACCGUUGUGUUGGAAAGUUCAUGACUCUUGCAGAGAUAAACCCUGGACUCAGGCUACGCUUAGAAAAUGGAUGAACAGGCUUAUUUUAAAGCACCUAUAUUGUGCAGAAAAAUGAAGCUGUUCUUCUCAGGGUGGUGAAACAGACGCCACAAUGCCCACAGGCAGGACCUGAGCUCAACAGCAACAAGUCUCCCCAUCUGUGAGUCCCAGGAAGGGGCAUUCUGGUGCGUGACUGCCGCUCAUGGCUCUCUGCACUUCUGGAGAGAUACGAUGAUGGAUUUUUCUCACAGAAGCACUCUUUUUCAGACUAUUGCUGUGCUCUUCCUUGGACACUUUAAGCCAUGCAGGUGAAGGGAAUCCAGGGAGGAUCAGUCUUGUUUCCUACCAACGUAUCCCAAGGAAUAACAGUGGAGAAAAUGGGAUGGGACUUCUGCCCUGAAAGUGGGGCCCUGGGCUUUUGGCUGGGGGAAUUCAGCCAUGGGAAACUGGAGCACCCAAGUCCCACUGACCGGUUUGGACAACGGCUAGACAUGGUGGACGAGACAACACUGAGGAUCAAAGACCUGAAGUUGAAUGACAGUGGGAUCUACAAUGCUCGCAUCUGGUUUACUAAAUCACAGUUUCAAGAACAGAGUUUCAGCCUCAUGGUCUAUGAGCCAGUGCCAACACCACAGAUACUCUUUCAGGAAGUCUCCCAGACUUUGGAGGGAUGCAGUGUGACCCUGCAGUGCCAGGCACCUAGAAGUGAAGAGUUCAGUAUCUCAUGGAAAAGAGGGAAUUCCCCCAGGGCAGUAGGAAACAGCCUGUAUGAGUAUCAGCUUUCUGACAAUGGCAGGAAUCUCCAUGUCUUCUGGCGAAAAGACUCUUAGGAC